AUGCGUUACUCUACGCUCGCCUCCGCUGUCCUUUUGGCGGCGGCAGCUGCUCCCGCGCUCGCUCACCCGGUCACCAUUCGUGCGACCGAGGAUACCUCCAUAGUUGAGCGUGAACUCCAAGAUGAACUGGUGGAGCGCGGCUACUAUGACGACCUCGUCUCUCGGGACCUGGAGGCACGCAAAGACUCUGCCCGUGGGCCUACGCAUCUCGCCGGGAUGAUAAAGAAGGAUGCGGCGAAUCUGCACCGCCAACGUCCCGACGUGAAUUCGCCGAGCGGGUCAGCUCGACACGCCUAUUCUGGGUCUCAUCCGUCUCAUUCGCAUCCCAACCGCGUCCGGAGCGACGACGAGAUAGUCGAGCGUGCCCUGCCCGGACGCAAGGGGCCUGUGCGGCAGACUGGUCCUCCUCCCCUCCAUCCAGGCCCUGACCCUCGUCCGCGACCCCGAAGCGACUACUACGACAUAGUCGCGCGUGACCUGGAGGCACGCAGGCAGCCCCCUCGUCCCCCUCGUCCCGUUACCCCUCCCCCUCCCGCGCCCAGGCCUUGGGCGCCCCCUCGUCCCGCUACUCCUUACUACCCGCGACCCCGGGGCGACAAUGAGUGGUUUGCCCGGGAGUACGACGUCGACGGCGAGCUGUUCGAGCGCGGUUUUGAGAUAGAUGAGCUUGACUGA